UGCCAAAUCGAGCUGCCAUUUUUGUGCUGAUUGUCGUUUUGUUUCUUUCGAUUCAAUUCAUCUCGUUCGAUUGUAAAGGCUUCAUUGCUGCCUCUUUACAAUUUUCGAUCUAACAAAAAAACCGACUUUUUUUUACAAUCUUUAUCAUAAUUUUUCUUGAAAUUUACCUCAAAUUUUUUGAUUUUUUUCUUAAAUUAAUUAACUAAACAAAUCCGUAACCGAAAAUGCGUGAAUGUAUCUCAGUUCAUGUUGGUCAAGCUGGUGUCCAAAUUGGUAAUGCCUGUUGGGAAUUGUAUUGUUUAGAACAUGGUAUUCAGCCUGAUGGUCAAAUGCCAUCGGAUAAAACUAUUGGCACUGGUGAUGAUUCUUUCAAUACAUUUUUCUCCGAAACUGGAUCUGGCAAACAUGUUCCACGUGCUGUUUAUGUUGAUCUCGAACCAACCGUUGUUGAUGAAGUUCGAACUGGUACCUAUCGACAGCUAUUCCAUCCUGAACAAUUGAUUACUGGUAAAGAAGAUGCUGCCAAUAAUUAUGCUCGUGGUCACUAUACAAUCGGCAAAGAAAUUGUUGAUUUGGUUUUGGAUCGUAUCCGUAAAUUAUCGGAUCAAUGUACCGGAUUACAAGGCUUUUUGAUUUUCCAUAGUUUUGGCGGUGGUACUGGUUCUGGUUUCACUUCAUUGCUUAUGGAACGUUUAUCAGUUGAUUAUGGUAAAAAAUCUAAAUUGGAAUUUGCCGUAUAUCCAGCACCACAAGUAUCGACAGCUGUCGUUGAACCUUACAACAGUAUUCUUACCACUCACACUACCCUCGAACAUUCGGAUUGUGCUUUCAUGGUCGACAAUGAAGCCAUUUACGACAUCUGUCGACGAAAUUUGGAUAUUGAACGACCAACCUACACUAAUUUGAAUCGAUUGAUUGGACAAAUUGUAUCAUCAAUCACUGCUUCGCUUCGUUUUGAUGGUGCACUCAAUGUUGAUUUGACUGAAUUUCAAACCAAUUUGGUACCAUAUCCACGUAUUCAUUUCCCAUUGGUAACCUAUGCACCGGUUAUUUCGGCCGAAAAAGCCUAUCAUGAACAAUUGACUGUAUCGGAAAUCACCAACACUUGUUUCGAACCAGCCAAUCAAAUGGUUAAAUGCGAUCCACGUCAUGGUAAAUACAUGGCCUGUUGCUUAUUGUAUCGUGGUGAUGUUGUACCAAAAGAUGUGAAUGCUGCUAUCGCUUCAAUCAAAACAAAACGAUCCAUUCAAUUUGUUGAUUGGUGCCCAACUGGUUUCAAAGUUGGUAUCAAUUAUCAACCACCAACUGUUGUACCAGGUGGUGAUUUGGCUAAAGUACAACGUGCUGUUUGUAUGUUGUCCAACACUACUGCCAUCGCUGAAGCUUGGGCUCGAUUGGAUCAUAAAUUUGAUUUGAUGUACGCUAAACGUGCUUUCGUUCAUUGGUAUGUUGGUGAAGGUAUGGAAGAAGGUGAAUUUAGCGAAGCUCGUGAAGAUUUGGCUGCUCUUGAAAAAGAUUAUGAAGAAGUUGGUUUGGAUUCUACUGAAGCCGAUGAUACUGCUGGCGAAGAAUUCUAAAAUGUGUGAGCGACCAUCACCACAGUAAAGAAAAAGACCACCAUUUUUUUUAAAAAAAAAACAUCCAAUUUUAAUCCAUUUUUUUCAAAAAUCCUUUUUAUCAAUUUAGACAAUUUGAUUUGUAUUUUCGAUUAGUAUUUCUUGAUCAUUAAAAACAAUAUGGUGUGUCUAUCAA